UAAUGGGGAGAGAUGAAAGGUUUUUAGGUUAUAGAGGUUUGCUGUAACUUGUGUAUUUUGCAGAUCUUUAUUGAAAAGUAAAAUGAAAGUAGCGAUUAUUGUUGUGUUGAUAGCAGUGGUGGGGUGCGCCAAUGCACGAAGUUUGAUCCGAGAUGACUUGGAAGAGAUGCAAGACAUGUUGAUGGACAGGUUGCGCGCGGAGGGUUUGAACGUGGGCGAAGAUGAAGACGAGAUGCCGCACGAACUUCAGGAUUUUUUCAGCAGCAUGCAAGCCAAUGAUGCCAGUUCAGAAGUCGCCAGUGAUGCCAAACCAAAAGUUGCCAGUGAUGCCGAGCCAAAAAUUGCCAGUGAUGCCAAACCAAAAAUUGUCAGUGAUGCCAAACCAGUGGCGGCCAGUGAUGUCAAACCAGCAGCGGCCAGUGAUGCCGAAACAAAGGACGUGGCACCAUCAGACACACCGAAACAAGCGGCUGCAUCGAAGGUGGAAGCGGAUGUGACGUCACAGAAGGAAGACCACCACACGAUGUUUAAUGACGAGGAAAUGUUCGAGAGAAUGAUGAAAGACAGAAUGAUGGAACGCAUGCAACAAAUGGAGGACGAAGAUGAAGACGAAGAAGAAGAAGAAGAAGAUGAGAAUACGAGAGACCAUGAUCAGGAUGACCAUGUUGAGGAGGAGGAGCCACAAGAGGAUGAAGAUGAAGAGGAUGAGGAAGAAGAAACGAAGAAAGAUGAGACAGCAGAGAAGAAGGAGAAUGACGUCACCGCUGUGAAACCAAAAGCCGACGCCCAGGUUGAACCAAAGGUCACAGCUGAUAAAUCACAAAAAGCUUCCAACGAAGACGAGAUGGUGAAGAAACUUCGAGAUCUUCUCCAACGCAUGAGAAGCAACGAGUAAUCCUCGGUCCGAAUAUUAAUCUUGGUCCGAAUAUUGAUCCUCGGUUUAAAAGUUAAAAUGCAGUUUAACAUUAAAAAAUCAGGAAAAUCUAUAAAUUGAUAAAAAGGAAAUAUGAAAUGUCCUAAUUUUACUCAAGUUAAACUUGCUAUCUGUUGUUGUUGUUGUUGAACUAAAUAUAUCCAGAAUCCUUUGUUACAAAGCAAGCGGAAUAAACAACGAACUGCAA